AUGGAGUCAAGAGAUAUUUCAUAUUAUAGCUCGCCUGCCAAAACUUACAAUACACCGGUGAACCGCACGUCAAGAGUUUCAGUUAACCAAAACAGUCAGUCAUCUCCUUUCGAUUCUUUUAAACCCGCGGAAUAUGUCUUGAACAAUUUAGGACCCGCACCAGGAGAAGAAAAGAUUUAUGAAAAAUUUGUUAAACAAAAGGCUCAAAAU